AUGGAUUUCAACAGUCUUUAUUCAAGCCUUCUACCGUCCACACACGCUGGAAAGGUUGCGCUCGAAUACAGCAAGCUACUGAUUGAAGACCCCGCAAAGAUCGUACAGGCAGCGACAGACGCUGGAAAGGUUACGCUCGAGUACAGCAAGCCACUGAUUGAAGACCCCGCAAAGGUCGUGCAGGCAGCGACAGAGGCUGGAAAGGUUGCGUUCGAGUACAGCAUGCCAGCAUUUGAAAAAUCAGCAAAUAUAACGGCUCAGGCAAGUUAA